GCACUACCAGUGGCAGAAGCGCUGUUUUCCAGCACCCUCUUCCCUGAGACACCGCGGGAGCUUCUCCUCACCUGGGAAGAAGGAUUCUAGAAACCUGAAAAACCGGAAACAUCACGAGGCUACAGCUGAGGAAGGCGAACCACAAGAAAGUUUUUAUAAAGAACCAUUACAUUUAAUUGUUUAAAGCAGAAGAAAAAAAAAUGAGCCUCCUCAAAGAACGCAAACCCAAGAAGCCUCAUUACAUCCCAAGGCCACCGGGAAAGCCGUUCAAGUACAAGUGUUUCCAGUGCCCCUUCACUUGCAAUGAGAAGUCCCAUCUCUUCAACCACAUGAAGUACGGCCUCUGCAAAAACUCCAUCACUUUGGUGUCGGAGCAGGAUCGAGUCAUCAAGUGCCCAAAGAGCAGUUCCCUGGAGCCCAAACAGAUCAAUCAGCUCGAACCCACCGUCAAACCAACCUCUUCCAAAUCUGUCACGAAUGGACUGUCGAGCCUCGAUUCAAAGCCUCAGUACCCUUUCGCGAAAGAAGAUGCCAAGGAAAACGUUGAGCUACAAAACCAGGCAACGAACGCAGCAAUUCAAGGACAAAAGCCCGCGGUCCCGAAGGAAUUAAACCCUGCCAGUUCCGCAGGAGAAAGUGCCCUCAGCGUGCAGCCCCUGAUGGAGGGCAUGGUCAGGCCCUCGGCCUUCGUUCCCGUCGGAGAACACCGGGACAGCAAAGGCCCGGAAAUGAGCGAAGCGUCUGAAAUCCUGUCCCUCUCUAACAAAAGCUCCCCUUUCCACACCAAGUCGGCGUUUCACGCACCGGCUCACCCGUGGAAGGCGGGUUCUCCUUUCCUCCCAGAGUUCCCACACAAAGUUGCUCCCACAAAGGGCUUUGGUUCCAUUUCACCUUACAUGCAACCGAUGAUUCCUGAGUAUUCCCCCCACUUCUAUGAGCACAGGCUGGCCAUCUACACACCCUACCUGCUCCCAGGUAACUCGGAGUGUGAAAGCUCUGCCCUCUCUGUCUAUGGAGCACAAGAUCAAAGACACUUUCUUCCCCACCCUGGGCCACUUCCAAAGCCCAUAAAUCCAUCAGCAUAUGAACACUAUCGAUUAUUCCAACAAUAUCACUCCACUCCACCGCUACCAUAUGGAUUUUGUAGGCCAACAGAUCCCCCAUUUUACAGAUUUUCACACGUAGCUGGUAUAAACAGGGAUCAAAACUCUCAUCUGAUGGAAGAAACUACCUUGCUGUACCCAGCUUCUUUAAGCCCUUCCCAACAAUACCCUCUAAGCUCACACAAAAAACAAGCAGAUUAUGAAAAAGAAAUGACACUGUUGCAUGGCAAAGGUAACCCCAAGGAUGACCAAAAUGAGAGAGAGAACGCCAAAAUGAGCCCUCUUGCAGGAAGUGCAGCAACGGGCUCCCCUGGCAGACCCAGUCCCACCAACUUCACCCAGACAAGCCAGGCGUGUGAGGGCUUAUUUGACCUCUCCAACAAGUCAUCUUCCACAUCCCUGGGCAAGUAUGACCAACCAGAAGAAAACUUCACGGCCUUCAGACCCGUGAGAAAAAGCACUGACCAAGCGACCGCACUUCAAGGCGUGCAGGCACAGCAGGAGAGAGGGGAUUCACCCACCAGCAUUAAUGUCACUGAUGAAGACUCACACACACAGACCGAUGGCCAGAACAACUCAGGCUCAUUGCCCAACACGGAGGAAGACACGGGGAUCGCUCCUCUCAAUCUCUCCAAAAAGGCCGACACGAGCACGGGACCCAUCCACGGGCACGUGUACAAAACCCCACCCAAACCAGACAGGCAGAGCUUUCUGGACCUACAGGACAUGCCCCUGAACCUCUCGGUGAAGGAUUCCUGUAACACAGUGAGCCUGAAAACCUCCUUCCACAGCCCGUCCCACGACAACGGCGCCGCCGCCGCCCCUGGCGCCGAGAGCGAGAGCUCCGGAGCCGAGGGAGGCAACCCCAAGAACCCCACCAGCAGUGCCUGUGACAGGCCCUUCCCGGGCCAGCGCGGCGAGGCCCAGGACCUGCGGCUCAUGGAGAGCUGUGACGAGCAGAAGCAGACGGCGGCCGUGGCCCUGUGCCAGCUGGCCUCCUACAGCCCCGGCCCCGCCCGGCUGGACAGCGACGGGCAGAGCCCCCAGGACAGCAAAGCCACGGCCACGGAAGCCACCUGUAAUUCCUCCGACGCUCAGGAUACUCAGUGCAAUCAGAAAGCCAAAGGGCAAAAAAGGACAAAUCAGAAAGAAUCCGCCAAGUCCCAGCAAGGCGCUAAGAGGGUCAGGCCCAAUGACUGCAGCAGAGUCUUCACUCUGAGGAAGAGGACAAGAGUGUCCUAA